CAAUUUUAAGAAAUAGAAGUUUUGUACUGUGGUGUGGUUUCGUUUUUAUUUUUUGUAUUUGUUUUCCUCUUUCACCAAUUUGAAAUAUUUCCUGAGUUAUAUAAAAGUUCCUGAGUUGUAAAAUAAAAACUAACCUUCGAUCACGAUGGCGAAUGAUAGAGAAGUUUUGCGUGAAAUAUGGGACGGAAAAUUACCAAUUUGUUUUCAACUAGACCAAGAAGAAAUAAUGGAAAUUCAGCAACCAGAUCCCUUUUAUGUUAUGGUGCCCAGACUAAGCUACUUUCCAUUAGUAACCGAUAAGAUGAAAAGACAUUUUCUCCGAUAUAUAUCUCAAGAAAAUGCAGAUAACGAGAUGUGGCUUGAUUAUAAUGGACAGCCCUUGAAAUGGCAUUAUCCAAUAGGCUUUCUUUAUGACUUGUAUUGUGGAAAUGAUCCACAAUUACCUUGGACACUGACAGUGCAUUUCACAAAGUUUCCUGAAGGCAUACUACUUCACUGCCCAAAUAAAGAUGUGGUUGAAGCUCACUACAUGUCAACUGUUAAGGAAGCUGAUGUGCUGAAACAUCGAGGCCAGGUCAUGUCCACAAUGCAAAAAAAAGAUCAUAACCAAUUAUGGCUUGGUUUACAAAAUGACAAGUUUGAUCAAUUUUGGGCAAUAAAUAGAAGGUUAAUGGAAUCUCAUGGUGAAAACGAGGGUUUCAAACACAUUCCAGUUAGAAUAUAUUCAGAUGAAGCAUCAUGCAUACAACGCUUAGUGAAUCCAAAGAAUACAGAUGGUAGUAGAAAAGUUUUACAGCAAAUGAUAACAGAAAUAUAUCAUGAUAAAGUUGAUGUUCAAUUGAGAACACAUGGAGUUGUGAUACCAGGUGAUACCCCACUGCAAUGGCUCUCUGAACAUAUGAGUUACCCAGAUAAUUUCCUGCAUUUGUGUGUGUGCUAAAUACUAAAACUACAAAAAAAAGUUUCACUUAUUGUGCAAUUGAUUGUGUGUAGUCAUUAUUAUUAAAGAAAUGCAUUCCUUAAAAAGUAGGUAUGUAAUUGAUUACUUUAUUAUAUUUUCUAAUUUUGAAGA